UCGGAAAUUUAUUGAGGGACUCACACGUUAGACACAAAUAUUUCACUGGUGAUACAGAGAAAGCGGUUAUAAAAGACCUACUGACAGGACCCAGUGGACUUGUGACCUGCUGUGUGCGCAUGCGCUUUUUCUUUUCUUUUUUUUUUUUUAGUUGUGAUGGCAUUUGUGUUCCACUAGAGGUCGCUCGAAGAUCACGAUAAAAGACCCCGCUCUGAUACUUUUUCUCCCACUCGUGUGUACACUAUUUCUGAGCCAGUGUAAUUUUUAAUCCUGAUGCGAUAUGAAAACAUUGUGUUAUAGCAAAAAAAUGCAUCUAAAUAAUAUAAAGCUAUAUAUUGUGUUUUACUCAAACUAAAAUACACUGAUUACACUCAAGACAUGUUUAAAAUUCCAACUUCAAAGUUCCACUUUUCCAGCUUUUAUACAGUAUAUCUUAUAAAAAUGAGCGCGGAAUUACUGUACCAACAAAAUGCGCACAUACUGUAGGACGCUUCACGUCGUGGAGCAGAUUGUUGCACACGUUUUUUAUUGUUAACAAAAACAAACGGCGGAACGCGCUAUGAUCCGAGACCUUUGGCCGCAGUCAUUAGCGACGUGCUCAGACCGUGCGCAUGUUGCGCAGCCCCCUGACACCUGAUCGCUCCCGGGUGGCGCACGGUUUUGUUCGGAAGCAGGAAAGCUGGCGCUGUCAGUUUGGAAACAUGCGCCGGAAUGAAAACACGCCUUCAACACCAGCAGCUCAACUUCACACUUUGACAUAGGUGGACGCGUUUAGUCGUGCUGGAAAUAAAAAAAAAAAAAAAAAAGAAAAAACGCGCGUGAACGCAUCGCAGUUUGACGCACGCCAUGGGAAUCUAUAGAUGACAAUUCCUGCGCGCUGCGGGCUGCUCUCAGCAUCUACUGGGACCUUUAUUGUGGAACAUGGCGAGAGGGAUGCAAGAAGCUCAUCUCCUCGCUGUAUUUUUUACGUUGACAAUAUCUCCGGUCCGGGACGCGGACGCGCAGCGUACUUUUAACCACCUAACAGGUUUUAGUUUGAAUCCGCCGUAUUUCAACCUGGCCGAGGGCUCUAAAAUCUCCGCCACCGCAACCUGCGGCCAGGAUGAAGCCGGGACGCCGAGGAGUGAUUUAUACUGCAAGCUCGUUGGAGGACCCACCAACGGACUCACCCAAAACAUACAGGGUCAGUUCUGUGACUUUUGCAACUCCGUGGAGCCAAACAAAGCCCACCCGGUGAGCUUCGCCAUCGAUGGGACUGAGCGCUGGUGGCAGAGCCCUCCUCUGUCCAGGGGCCUGGUUUACAACGAGGUGAACGUUACCUUGGACCUUGGACAGCUCUUCCAUGUGGCGUACGUCCUCAUCAAGUUCGCCAACUCGCCUCGGCCGGACCUGUGGGUGCUGGAGCGCUCUGUGGACAACGGGAGAACCUUCACCCCCUGGCAGUACUUUGCACAUUCAAAACGUGAAUGCAUAGAAAGGUUUGGGAAACACCCCAACACUCGUGUGCUCCGCGACGAUGACAAGGUCUGCACCACAGAGUACUCGCGCAUCGUUCCCUUGGAGAACGGGGAGGUUGUGGUGUCUCUGGUCAACGGGCGCCCGGGCUCCAGGAACUUCACCUACUCACCGGUGCUGCGGGAUUUCACGAAGGCCACCAACAUCCGCCUCCGCUUCCUCCGCACCAACACGCUGCUGGGGCACCUCAUCUCCAAGACGCAGCGAGACCCCACCGUCACGCGCAGGUAUUUCUAUAGCAUCAAGGACAUCAGCGUCGGCGGACGCUGCGUUUGUCACGGACAUGCGCAGGUGUGCGGCGCGCAGCGCGAUCAAAUGAACCCAAACAGGCUCCAGUGUGAGUGUCAGCACAACACCUGUGGCGAGUCGUGCGACCGCUGCUGCCCAGGCUUCAACCAGAAGCCGUGGCGAGCCGCAACCGUCCACAGCCCCAACGAGUGCCAGCCCUGCUGGUGCUUCUCCCAUGCGUUUGACUGCUAUUACGACCCAGAGGUGGAAAAGAGGGGAGCAAGUUUGGACAGCUUCGGCAGGUAUGACGGAGGAGGAGUGUGCAUCGACUGCCAGCACAACACUGCCGGAGUGAACUGUGAGCGAUGCAUUGAAGGCUUCUACAGACCAUACGGACUCCCCCCAGAGUCUCCAACCGGAUGCAUCCCCUGUAGAUGUGAUCCAAGAACUACAUCUGGCUGUGAAAUGGGGUCUGGGAGAUGUAUCUGCAGGCCGCAGUUUACAGGAGACAACUGUGACUUCUGCGCUGAUGGAUACUAUAACUACCCCCAGUGCAUCCCCUACCCCGUGUACCUACCAACUACCAAAUCUCCUGCAGGCCCUAUCUUAGGCCCCACGCUGUGCCCUCCAGGUUAUUUUGGCUCACCCAGCUGUCAGCAGUGUCCAUGCGACUACCGAGGGACCGCGUCCGGGGCGUGCGACGCCUUAGGACGCUGCCUGUGCCGCCAGCACGUGGAGGGGGAGCGCUGCGAUCGCUGUCGGCCUGGCUUCCACUCCUUCCCCGAGUGCUGGGCGUGUGUCUGUGACGGGGCUGGAGUGGCUCACGGCGGCUGCGGCCCGAGCGGACAGUGCCUCUGCCUCCCCAACUUCGCUGGCCGGGACUGCAGUGAUUGUGCGCCAGGCUACUAUGGCUACCCGGACUGCGUAGGCUGCCGAUGCUCCCUCGAAGGCUCACGCGGCAGCAUAUGCCACCCGCUAUCGGGCCAGUGCCCGUGUGUGCCCGGGGUGGUGGGUCAGCAGUGUGACCGCUGCGCCUCUGGACUCAGGUUCCCCCAGUGCUCAGCCUCCAUCACUCAGUGCAACGGAGCAGGAACCGAGGCUGCGGAUCCCCAAGCGGGCUGCCGCUGCCUCGCCAACGUGGAGGGAACCCUGUGCAACAGAUGCAAACCUCUCUACUGGAACUUGGCUAGAGAGCAUCCACGCGGCUGCACAGAGUGCCAGUGUGACUCGAAGGGGACCCUCAGUGGCGUCGGGGAGUGCGAACAGAGAAGCGGCCAGUGUCACUGCAAAGCCAACGCGUGCGGACGGUCCUGCGACACCUGCAAGGACGGCUACUUCCUGCUGCAGAAGAAGAAUUACUUCGGCUGCCAGGGCUGUCGGUGUGACGUCGGCGGCGCCGUCGACGCCGCGUGCGACGAGGCGACGGGACAGUGUUGGUGUUCGAAGAACACCGUCGGCCGCACAUGCACCGAACCAGCUCCCGGCUCCUUCUUCCCGACCCUGCAUCAGCUGAGGUUCGAGGUGGAGGACGGCACCACGCCCAACGGCCGGUCGGUCCGCUUCGGCUACGACGCCCGGGAGUUCCCGGGCUUCAGCUGGAGGGGCUACGCUGUCAUGUCCCGCGCGCAGAGUGAAGUCAGAGUAGCUGUGCAUGUUGACCCGAAAGAAGGGAGGCAGCGCUUGUUCCGUGUGGUUCUGCGGUUCAUUAACCCCAGCGGCGCCGGUGUUACGUGUAGCAUCCGGGCUGCGAAUAACAGAGACGCCGCAGGGUCAGAUCAAAGCAAGGAGGUAACAUUCCCCGUGAGCCGCUCCCCAUCGUUCCUCACUGUCCCGGGGGAGGGCUUCGCUGAGCCCUUCGCUUUGACUCCUGGGAAAUGGAUCAUUCACAUCAGGGCAGAGGGAGUUCUCCUCGAUUACUUGGUUCUGCUGCCCCGGGAAUACUAUGAGGCACCACUACUGCAGGAGAAGGUCACCCAGCCCUGCACAUACUUACCCACCGCUAACAAGAACACUAACUGUUUAUUGUACAAGCAUGUGGCCAUGGACGGCUUCAGCUCCGCACUGGGCUCACAGGGCCGCUUCUCCAGCCGCAGCAGGCGUAAGAGCAGGCAGGCCCGGGUCCGGCGGCCCACCCCAGACCACCCUGACAUGGCCGCUCUCAACGGCAGACAGUCGCAGCUUCAGCUCCUUUUGCAUGUGCCACGUCCUGGCCCAUACGCUCUAAUCCUGGAGUAUGCGAGCGAGGUGGACAUCGUCCAGAACGUCAACAUACUCAUCAGUGACCAGUCAGGUGGCCAGAUGCUGGCCAGGGCCAACGUCUAUGCUUGUGCCUUCAGCUUUUUGUGUCGCGGCGUGGCGGUGGACAACAGCAACCGGGUGGCGGCUCUGCAGCUCGCUCACAGGACGGACGUCCUCCUGCAAACCUCCACAGCCUCCUUCCUGCUGCACAAAGUGUAUGCGGUGCCUGCGGAGGAGUUCUCAAUGGAGUAUGUUGAGCCCAAGGUGCUCUGCGUCUCCACCCACGGCCGCUUCACGGAAGACGGUCGACACUGUGUCCUGAGUCAGUUUGCCAAGCCGGCCACUGCCUGGUUUUUCUACGCCGCGCGCGAUGGGCAGCUGUCGUCCACGGCAACUGCUGCGGAGAACGAGGACUGGAGACGGAGGCGACAGACUGGGCUGGACGAGCCUCAGAGUGACGGCACGUUGCUUAAAUUCCCUCAGACAACGAUCAGUUUCUCUCCCAGGGUGCCCCUUCCAGGCAGGUAUGUGGUGGUCGUCCAUUACCGCCAGCCUGAACAUACCUCGUUCCCCGUUGAGGUCAGAGUGGACGCAGGGCGUGAGUGGCCUGGUUCAAUGAACGCAUCCUUCUGCCCGGCCGUCUCGGGCUGCAGGGAGGUGGUGAUCGCCGAUGGCAGAAUUGCGCUGGACUUUGAGCAGCGUUCGUGGCAGCUCCCCAGCAUCUCUGUCGUCAUGCCACCCAGAAAGACCCUCAUUCUGGAUUAUAUAAUGUUGGUUCCUGAUAGCAGCUACACCCCUGAUCUCUUGAGGGAGAAGCCGCUGGAUAGAUCUUCAGAUUUCAUACAGCAAUGCAGUGGAGAAGGGUUCUACAUAGACCCCAGCGCUUCUUCACAAUUCUGUAGAGACUCUGCUCGCUCCCUCGUAGCCGCAUACAAUGGCGGAGCUCUGCCGUGCAACUGUGACCCAUCCGGUUCCACAGGGACCACGUGCGACCCGGUUGGAGGACAGUGUCUCUGCAGGCAGCACGUCAUCGGCCGACAGUGCACAAAGUGCGCCACCGGCUACUAUGGAUUCCCGUACUGCAGGCCGUGCGAGUGCGGCCGCCGCCUCUGCGACGAGGUGACCGGACGCUGCAUCUGCCCUCCGCACACCGUCACCCCGGCCUGCGACGUGUGCCAGAACCGGACCUUCAGCUACCACCCGCUGCUGGGCUGCGAGGACUGUGAGUGCUCCCCGGGCGGACUCAGAACCGGGGCGGGGCCCGACUGCGACCGGGUCACCGGACAGUGCAGCUGCAAGCCCAGGAUCGGGGGCCGGCAGUGCCAGCGCUGUGCCGCCGGGUUCUAUCGCUUCCCCGAGUGUGUGCCGUGCGACUGCGACCGCGGCGGCGUCGCGCCCGACGUGUGCCACCCCGACACCGGACGGUGCCUCUGCAAGAGGAAUGUUGCUGGUGUCAGAUGUGACGCCUGUGAAGGAGGCUCCUUCUACUUCGACCCAUCGAAUCCCCAGGGCUGCACCAGCUGCUUCUGCUUCGGAGCCACCGACCAGUGUCAGAGCUCCGUCAAGCGCAGGGGAAAGUUUGUGGAGAUGCGAGGCUGGCGCCUGGGCAGCUCUGACCAGGAGGAGGUUCAGUCUGUGCUCAACACAGCCAGUAACACGGUGGUGGCAGACGUCCAGGAGCUCCCUCGUUCGGUUCAGACUCUACACUGGGUGGCACCAGCGUCCUACUUGGGAAACCGGGUUUCAUCGUAUGGCGGUUUCCUCACCUACCAGUCCAAAUCUUUUGGAAUUCCCACUGAGGGGAUGAUUCAACUGGACAGGAGACCUGACGUCCUGCUAACUGGCCAGAAUAUGACCCUGAUCCACAUGUCUCCACAAGCACCAGUUCCAGACAGGCUGUAUCAGGGCAGAAUCCAGCUUGUGGAGGGCAACUGGCGCCAUGCUGUCACCAACAGGCCCGUGUCCAGAGAGGAGCUGAUGGUGGUCCUGGCGGGUCUGGUGGGCCUCAGGUUCCGAGCCCUGUACUUUACGGAGACCCAGCGGCUCAGCUUAGGGGAGGUCGGCCUGGAGGAGGCCACCGCCGCGGGGACUGGAGGCCCCGGCAACACGGUGGAGCAGUGCCUAUGUCCCCAUCAGUACACGGGAGACUCCUGUGAGAGAUGCGCCCCUGGUUUCUACAGAGAGGGCAGUGGGUCGUUCCUGGGCCGCUGCGUGCCCUGUGACUGUAAUGGUCUGUCUGAUGUGUGUGAUGAAAGCAGUGGGAGAUGUCUGAAUUGUCAGUUCAACACAGCUGGCGAACGGUGUGAACGCUGCAAAGAAGGUUACUACGGCAACGCCAUUCAGAGGACCUGCAAAGUGUGCCCGUGCCCUUUCCAUGUACCUACAAACAGCUUCGCUAUAGGCUGCAGAGAGGCCUAUGAGGACAUCCAGUGUAUAUGCAGGGCAGGGUACACUGGUGAAAGGUGUGAGAGGUGUGCUCCUGGUUACUAUGGCGAUCCGCUGACUCCUGGGGGCAGUUGUCGCCCCUGUAACUGCAACGGCAACGGUAACAACUGUGAUCCCCGGACCGGAGUUUGCAAGAACACACUGGAGCCAGGUGACACGAACACAGACGAGAGCUGCCAAGAGUGUGAUAACUGUGCCCAGACAUUACUACACGAUCUGGAGCAGCUGGAUGAUGAACUGGAAAGAGUCCAGGCUGAGCUGAACGAUGCGACUGCCAGCUCCACCUCCCAGGACAUGCUGAGGAAGCUGGAGAAGGCCGUGUCAGACACCAAGAUUCUUGUGAAUGCAUUCAGUAAUGCCAUCAACAGCCAAAAGGCCCGAGUGGACCAGCUGGGCAAGGACACAGUCACUCUAGCAGAUGACAUCAACUCCCUGAAAGACAAAGCUGAUAGAACGGCUGCUGACGCUGACAGGGCGGUGGGCCAAAUUGAGGAAACCCACGCGAGGGCUAAGGAUCUGAACACAGAGAUUCAAAAUAUGCUGAAGAAAAUCCAAGCUCUGCUGGAUAGGCUGAAACACGCAGGUGACCGCGGGGACGCCAGUCCGAACGAAAGCCUCACUAAAAUGCUGGAGGAAGCUCAACGCAUGGUGAAGGACAUGGAGGACAGGAACUUCACCCCUCAAAAGACAGCCGCUGAGAAAGAGAGAGACGAGGCCAAGAAACUGCUUGAUCACAUCCAGGCUGACGUUACCAAGCAGCUUGACCAAAACAAGGCCACGGCGGCCAAGAUUCAAGGUCUACUGAAGGAUUACGAGGCCAAGCUGAAGGAGCUGAAGGACGCUCUCACUGAGGCUCGGGGCUCGGUGAAACAAGCCAACGCCCUGAACGGACUGAACGCCCAGGGGAUGGAGGAGCUGCAGAAACGUAUCGACGCCUUGAAGAAGGAGCAGAAGACUGUGGAGGACCAGAUGUCCAUGGCGGAGAAUGAGCUGCAGAAAACAGAGGAUUUGGUGAAAAUGCUCACCGACAGUAAAACGGAGUAUGAACAGCUGGCAGCACAGCUGGAUGGCGCCAAGACCGACCUCACCGAGAGGGUGAAUGAGAUUUCGAAGGCGGCAGCCAAGGAGGACAUUGUGGUGAAGGCAGAGGAGCAUGCUAGGAACCUGGAGGAGCUGGCGAGGGACCUCGAAAAUGCUGUGAAGAACACGAGUGGACGCACUGAGGUGCGAAACGCCAAAGACGCUAUCGAUGUCUACAAGAACAUCACAGAUUCCAUCAAUGCUGCUGAGGCUGCAGCCGCAGAGGCCAAAGAUGCAGCAGACAAAGCUUUGGACAACGUAAAGAAGCAGAACCUCCUAGAACGAGCGCAAGACCUGAAGCUGACUGGAGACGACCUUCUGCAGGACGCAAAGCAAGCGGACAAGGACCUUCAGGGCGCUGAAGGCGAACUAGCCGAUGUGAAAAGGCGCCUGAAGAACGCCAAUGACAAGAAGAAGGCUCUGGAGAAAGACCUGCUUGAUGCACAGAACGAGUUAAAUGUCACCAAAAGAGACGACAUCGCUAAGAUGCUCGACGACGCCAAGAGGAAGGCGGCCUCAGCCAACGACACGGCCAGCGGCACCAUGGACAAACUGAAUCAGAUCAGAAAGGAGAUCAACAAGAUCAGCGUUACUCCUGUGGACUCAAAUCUAACCAACGUACUGAACAACGUGGACCAAUCAGUGAAGAAGUUGCUGAGCGCCAUCCCACAGCUGGACAGUAAGAUCUCAGAGGUGGAGAACCUGACUUCGCAGAGCUCCUUCAUCACUAACAUAACCGAGGACAUCAAGAACAUCAAGGAGCUGAUCGAACAGGCUCGGGACACGGCUAACAGGAUUGUGAUCCCGAUGAAGUUCGCGGGCAACGGCUACGUGGAGAUGCGAAAGCCCCAAGACCUGGACGAUCUGAGGGCCUACACGUCGCUGGCCUUGUCGCUACAGAGGCCCGAAGGCGGUGGAGAUGGACGACGCAGACGCAGGCAGACCAGCGGAGACGUGUUUGUCUUGUACCUUGGCAGUCGGGAUACCACUAAGGACUACAUCGGCAUGUACCUGAAGAGCAACGUGCUGCAUGGCGUCUACAAGCUGAACGGGAACAUGUACACCAUAAAAACAGCCUACAUCUCCAGGUCGGCCUCCCAGUCGUCCAGGUUCGACAGAGUGGAGCUGAACAGAAUUUACCAAGAUGUGCAGAUGAACCUCACGAAAGACUUCACCUCGGUCAGUCCUCUGAAGCCGCUUCUGUACAACAACAUAGGGGACAACAACAAGAACCUGCUGGACCUCAGCCCCAGCGACGUGGUGUUCUACGUCGGUGGUUAUCCUAGCAACUUCACCCCACCGGACUCUCUCAACUUCCCCGGCUAUGACGGUUGCAUUGAAUUCGCCUCGUUUAACGACAAACUUGUCAGUCUCUACAAUUUCCAAACGGCUGAGAACGUCAAUUUGGACACUCCAUGCAGCAGGUAUGUUGCUCAAUUGGACUCGUCCUACUUUGAAGGCACUGGCUACGGCCGAGUGACGAUAAAGAAGACAGGCAGCACGCUCCUCAUCGGCAUGUCCGUCUUCACCCGCCUUGAAAACGGUCUGCUCUUAUACAUGGGCAAUGAGAACAACUACUUCACCGUGACCAUUGAAAAGGGUUUCUUAGUCGUACGGGGUGACUUGAUUCAGAUACCAGGUAGAAGCCCCAACAAACUAUUCCCGCUGACCGAGAAUCAGGACAUCUUGAUCGUUAUCAAAAGCACCCGAGACAUUUCGGCGCGUCUCGGCACCAGCACCGACCCCGAAGUGACCAAACUCAACACGGCUAAAGCCGACGCGCCGUACGACCUCACUGCUUUCACAGAUUACUAUAUCGGUGGAGCUCCACUAAACUUGAGGGAAAGGUUCAACAUCACUAUGCAAGCGUUCAAAGGAUGCAUGAACAACCUGAAGCAGCAGAGGGACUUCAAGGCCAUCGACGAGAGCGUGGGCAUCAGCAAAGGUUGUCCUGUGGAAUCUCUGGUUUCCCGUAAGGCCGAGUUCAGCCUGGGGAGCUCGCUGUCCGCGGACCUCAGCGGCUUCAGUCUGGCUGGAGACGUCACCGUCUCCGUUGGAUUCAGGAGCACAGAGAGUGAGGGGCUCAUUCUCCAAAGCGCAGACAAAGACCUGGCCAGGGGAAUCAACCUUGCGCUGGACAACGGCUAUGUGAUGGCCAGCGCCAACAGCGUGGUGUGGAAAUCCAACAAACAGUACCACGAUGGCCGCUGGCAUUAUCUGACUGUAACCACCAGAGGCGGAAGCGUCGGGAUGCUUAUUGAUGACGAUGACAGCGGUCAGAGACAGAGCGGCAGCGGCUCGGUCGGUGACACCGGCGGCUCCUUGCUCCUGGGAAAAGAAGCGUUCAAAGGCUGCAUUUCCAACCUUUACACAAGACGGCCUGAAAACCUGUACAAGCCCGAGGACCUAGACGCCUUCACGUCUUCUGGAGACGUGGUGCUGGACGUGUGCACCGCGGACACUCCUGCUCAACUGAUGCUGGACCGCAGCAUGAAGAAGGGCAGCGCCGUGCAGCAGACGGACGACAGCGUAUCCGCAUGUGCACAGCCCGCCACCGUCCAACACGCCUAUCGCAUGGGGGGUCCUGUCAGCAGCCUGAGCUACAGCCUUCCACUGCAGGUCCUGCAGCCCAGGCCACACUUCUCCCUGGAUGUCAGGACGCGCUCCAUGGAAGGCCUGCUGUUCCUCGCUGCAACCAGAGGAGGGCACUCUCAUCUUGCCUUGUACAUGUCCAAGGGCAGAAUCAGACUGUCUGUGGGCAAACAGAAGGAGAUCUUCAACCGGGAGAAGUACAAUGACGGGAAGUGGCACUCGGUCAUAUUCAGUUUGGAGAAGAAGAAGUUCCGACUGGUUGUAGAUGGGAUCAGAGCCCAGGACGGUCAGCUGACAAGCACUGAACUCACAUCUAUGCAGCAGUUUAUGUCUCCUGUGUACCUGGGCAGCGCACCACAAUCCCUUCACAAGCAGCUAAAGUCGAAGGCCCUUCCGAAGCAAAGUAUAUCCGGCUGUCUCCGGAAUUUUAAAAUGAAUGGUGCACCCAUGUCACAUCCAGCCACGAACCGCGGCGCAGGUCCCUGCUUUGAAGGCUCCACACAGAGAGGAACCUAUUUCUCAGGGAAUGGAGCACACGCGGUUAUCAACGACUCCUUCGUGGUGGGCUCCAGCUUUGAGCUGCUGUUUAACGUCCGUCCAAGGAGUCUGACUGGGCUCCUGCUGCAUGUGGGGAACUUCAGCCGGAGCCAGUACGGACCCUCCACAGGCCACUAUCUCAGCGUCUACAUGAGGAGAGGAGAGGUGGUGGCACAAGCAAACAAUGGAAAAGGAGAAUUUAUGGUGUCAGUGAAGCCCAAAGAUUCUUUAUGUGAUGGAACAUUUCAUAAAAUUUCAGUGAUAAAGAGGAAAAAUGUUAUUCAGCUGCAUGUGGACACAGUGGACAAUUAUAAAAUUGGACCACAAUCCUCAAUCAGUCCGACCAAAAGCCCUCUGUAUGUUGGUGGCAUUCCUGAGAUGUCGGUGCAACGGACGCUGCCCGUCACGUCGUCCUUCGUUGGGUGCAUCCAGGACAUGAGGAUCAACGGGGAGUCGAUCUACUUCGAGAAGCUUCCCGGCCUGUUUGGGCCGGUCAACCCCAAAGAGUGUCCGAGCUGAGCGGCAGCAACCAACCGCGGGACCACGUCCUCUGCCAACCAUGUGCAAUGCGUUACCAAGACAGAGAAUGUUUGCGCGUACGACUGUAGCGUGGCAGGAGAACGUGAGCGAUGGCGCUGCAUUUUCGUGCCUUUCCUGUAUUAUGAGUGGGAGAGUCUGAAUGCGAGCGUGUACAGUAUGUGUCCAAACAGAGACGUGCUCAGCGGAACAGUUUGUCACAUUUGCUGCUCUGUUCAACAUUUCCGUAUUUAUUUUGUGAUAUAACCAUAUAUCACAUAGCAGCCGCCAGUCCACUCCUUUUACUGUCGACAAUCAAAUGCUACUGAGUUUGCUCGUCACUGGUGGUGGCUGCAGUUUGAGCAACCCAGCACUUUAAGAAAGCUAUUUUUUCCAUGGUGCUUAAUUGUGCAGUACAUCAAUAUUAUUAGUUGGUGUUUUGUCGUUGUUGGACUAAAAGGUUUAUUCUAUAUUAAUAUUGUUUACACAAACACACUCGGUGCUCAGUGUAGGGGACGUUCAGGGGCUGCCAGGCUGUUUUCUAAUCACAUCCACAUUAAAGCUUGUACUGUAUAAUUCCGCCUUGUAACCACACGGGACAUGGAAUCACAUGUUGUAAGUCUGAAUUUAUUUUGCAUUCCUCAUGCAUGAAGAUGUUCUGCAUCACAACCGAACAAUCAGUACCUGCUGAAUUUUUUUGUGUUCAAAAAAACGAUAUUUUGUAAAUUCCAUUAGAAUAAAUUUUCAUAAAUCAGAUUUCUCACGUUUGGGACCAUUUAGCCCAUAUGAAAGUAAAUUUAACAAGAGAUGAGUUGUGCUUGAGUUGCCCUGGAAAGUGUUCUGAACGUGUGAUGUGAAAAAAUAUGCAUGAUAAUUGGACAUACAGUAUGUACAUGCAUUCCUGUGUUGUGACCACUGAUUUGUAAACUGUCUAAUUAAUGUUAAAUUUAUAAAUCCCUCUCAGUGCCA